AAAGUGCGUUGUUUAUUUGUCGUGUGAUCAUCAUUUAGUUUACAAUUAAAUUGAUUUCGUAAUUGUUUGUUAUUUGUUUCGUUAUUGUUUUUGUUUGUUUUUGAUCAUGUCGGACGCAAGUGAUCCUGAGAAGAAUCAAUCGAUACUGAAAGCUGGCCAUCCACCAGCUGUAAAAGUUUCAGGUGGAGUAAGAAUUACUCAACAUAAAUCGCCAACGGAAAAGCCAACACCUGUUAAAAAUCAGGAUGAUAAAAAUGAGGAAGAAGAAGGUGAACAACCGCUACCAGAAUCACCACCGAAACCUAUGAUUACGUCCGUAUCUGGUGCACCAGUUCGUGGCAAUGAGGAUUUUCCAGCAGAUUCGGUACGUGCAUAUCAUGAUAAGAAACCAAUGCCAACAAAUGAAUGUCGUCCGAUGAAUAAAACUAAUCAUUUCAUACAUCAACCGAAAAAAUGAUUUCAAUUGCAAUUCAAAUAUAUGGACCAGUGACCAAAUUCUAUCUUUAUUUUUUUAUUUUUUCCUUUGUAAUGUUAUGAUUUGAUUUGGUUAAAUAAAUAAAAUUUUUUUUGGCAUUCCAGUAAA